AUGUCGCAAAGCAUUGGCACUUCUACGCGCACUUUACACGCGGACGACGCGCUAAAUGUUGUCAGCGACGUGGCUCCACCAAUUCACGUGGCUACCACUUAUCGCUAUCCUACUGAUCCUGCCGCACUAGUCGCUGCGGCCGACUCUGACACUGCCAUUUCGGAACGCAAUCCCACCUCUCACGUCUAUUCCCGUUACACAUCACCCAACCCUACCCGCUUCGAAGCAAUUCUCUCGGAUAUCCUGAAUGGACAUGCCAUUAGCUAUUCCUCCGGUCUCUCUGCCCUCCAUGCCGCCCUCGCCCUCCUGAACCCGCGCCGUAUCUCCAUGGGCGAAGGCUACCAUGGCUGCCACGGCGUCGUCGCCCUCGUCUCUCGCCUAACAGGCCUCAAAAAGAUCCCGCUAGACUGCGCACCCUCCGACCUGGAAGCCGGCGACGUUAUCCUCCUCGAAACCCCCCUCAAUCCCACAGGCACUGCCUCCGACAUCGCCGCCUACGCCGAAAAGGCCCACGCGCGCGGCGCAAUCCUCAUCGUCGACAGCACGUUCGCCCCGCCGCCGCUCCAGGACCCCUUCCUCUUCGGCGCAGAUCUCGUCAUGCACUCCGGCUCGAAGUACUUCGGCGGCCACUCUGAUGUCCUGUGCGGCGUCCUCGUCACCCAGCGCAAGGACUGGUACCAACAGCUCUUCGGUGACCGCCUCUUCCUCGGCAGUGUCAUGGGUAACAUGGAGUCCUGGCUUGCUGUGCGCAGUAUGCGCACCCUGGAAAUUCGUGUUCAGCGGCAGUCGGAUAGCGCGGCCCGUCUUGCGAGCUGGCUGCAUGCGGCUCUAACGGCCCCCUCGCCGGCCCAGGGCAGCGAUGAAGCUGCUGUCCAGGGCGUCGUGGGAGAGGUUCUGCAUGCUAGUCUGCAACAGGUCGAGGGCGACUGGCUGAAGAAGCAGAUGCCGAAUGGCUUUGGACCGGUGUUCUCGAUUGUGCUCAAGAAAGAGGACAUGGCGCGUCAUCUGCCGAGUAAAUUGCAUUAUUUCCAGCAUGCUACAAGUCUGGGUGGGGUGGAGUCGCUGAUUGAGUGGCGGGCGAUGUCGGAUGAGACGGUUGAUCGACGGUUGCUUCGUUUGAGUGUGGGAUUGGAGAAUUGGGAGGAUUUGAAGGGGGAUCUUGUGAAGGCUUUUCAUGCUUUGACGGAGUUGAACUAA